GAAGACGGAUUAUGGAACACAUACACAGAGGCUGUCGGACUCUUUACUAACUACACUUCCGGUCUAGUGAGUUAUUUUUUUCGGUACUGAAAGAAAUAACAAAACGGGGUAUCGGUACUGGAUUAGUGGAUUACUGUUUUGGUGUCCUUCACACUUCUGGCCUGUGGUUAGGCCAGGAAAUGACAUUUACAGUUGAAUGUUGUAUUAUUCAUCAGAAACUUAGUAUUAAGAUCACAGAUGAAAAAAUGAAAAAGAAGCUGAUUGUUAUGAAGAGGCAUCGCUUUUUUAUCCUGGGGCUGGAGUGACGGUAGUGGACUGCGCUAUAAGAAGAGCUUGGGCUGAAGGAUUUUAAGCUGUUGUAAGGAACUGUGGUAAUACCUGUCAGUUUCAAAGAACACCAUGCUGCAGCAACUUUAGGUGUGAACACUGAUGCUGCUAAUGUUGUGGCAGCAAUCUGAAGGUCAUUGUACAGUUAGAGAAAUCCUGGCAACUUACUGAUGUCAUCAUGGUGGCAAAACAUAACCUGCGGCUGUGCUGACAGCGAAGUAUGCAAUGCACAGUGUGUGUGUGUGAAGAUCUUAACUUCUGAAGGCUUCUGCUGCUGUUGAAACAAAGCAACAAAAUGCCACCUAGGCCAUCAUCAGGUGAACUUUGGGGCAUACAUUUAAUGCCCCCAAAAAUAUAUGUGGACUGCCUGCUACCUAAUGGAAUGAUAGUAAAUUUAGAAUGCCUCCGUGAGGCAACACUUGUGACUAUUAAACAUGAACUUUUUAAGGAAGCAAGGAAAUAUCCACUGCACCAACUUUUGCAAGAUGAGUCCUCAUAUAUUUUUGUCAGUGUUACACAAGAAGCAGAACGAGAAGAAUUCUAUGACGAAACACGGCGCCUUUGUGACCUUCGACUUUUUCAGCCAAUUUUAAAAGUAAUAGAGCCAGUUGGUAACAGAGAAGAAAAGAUUCAGAAUCGGGAAAUUGGUUUUGCAAUAGGAAUGCCUAUAUGUGAAUUUGACAUUGUUAAAGAUUCUGAAGUUCAGGACUUUAGAAGAAACAUUCUCAAUGUUUGCAAAGAAGCAGUGGACAUAAGAGAUGCGGAUGCACCCCAUAGUAGAGCAUUAUAUGUUUACCCACCUAAUGUAGAAUCUUCACCAGAGCUGCCGAAGCACAUUUACAGUAAAAUGGAAAAAGGUCAAAUAAUUGUGGUGAUCUGGGUCAUAGUAUCUCCAAACAAUGACAAACAGAAGUACACUCUGAAAAUUAAUCAUGACUGUGUGCCAGAGCAAGUGAUAGCUGAAGCAAUUCGAAAGAAAACAAGAAGCAUGCUUCUUUCACCUGAACAGCUAAAGAUGUGUGUUAUGGAGUACCAAGGAAAGUACAUCUUAAAAGUAUGUGGCUGUGAUGAGUACCUCCUAGGAAAGUAUCCAUUAAGUCAGUAUAAGUACAUAAGAAGUUGUAUCAUGCUUAGCAGAAUGCCCAAUUUGAUGCUGAUGUCAAAGGAGAGUUUGUAUUCUCAGUUGCCAGUGGAUACCUUCACCAUGCCAUCUUAUGCACGUCGCAUCUCCACUGCUACACCAUACAUGAAUGGAGAAGCUUCAUCCAAGUCUCUCUGGAGCAUCAACAGUGCACUUAGGAUAAAAAUUCUUUGUGCAACUUAUGUGAAUGUAAAUAUCCGUGAUAUUGACAAGAUCUAUGUCCGAACAGGUAUUUGUCAUGGCGGUUGUGAGCCAUUAUGUGAUAAUGUAAACACGCAAAGAGUACAGUGUUCAAAUCCCAGAUGGAAUGAGUGGCUGAUUUAUGACAUUAACAUUCCUGAUCUUCCUCGUGCAGCUCGGCUUUGUCUUUCUAUCUGUUCCGUCAAAGGCAGAAAAGGGGCUAAAGAGGAACAUUGUCCGUUGGCAUGGGGAAAUAUAAAUCUUUUUGAUUACACUGAUACCUUAGUCUCGGGCAAAAUGGCACUCAAUCUCUGGCCUGUUCCUCAUGGAAUGGAGGACUUGUUGAAUCCUAUUGGAGUUGCAGGCUCAAAUCCAAAUAAGGAAACUCCAUGUCUGGAGCUGGAAUUUGAUUGGUUUAGUGGUCCAGUGAAAUUUCCUGAAAUGUCUGUAAUUGAGGAACACGCUAAUAUAAUCCCCAGGGAGCCUGGCCUGAACUUUUGCCAUUCUGGACUGAGUAACCGGUUAACAAGGGAUGGUGAAUUAAUUAGUGAUAUUCAUGACCAGCUUCGAACAAUCUGCAACAGGGACCCACUGUCUGAGAUAACAGAGCAGGAGAAAGACUUCUUAUGGAGACAGAGGCAAUAUUGUACAGAUAUGCCCGAAAUUCUUCCUAAACUACUGCUGGCUGUAAAAUGGAAUUGUAGAGAUGAUGUAGCACAGCUUUAUUGUGUCUCUAAACUGCUCCCUAUGUUAGCCCCUCAGGCAUUCACAGUGUCACUAGACCUAAAAGACACACACCUUCACAUCCCCAUCUUAAGGGAUUUUGCUCUGUCAUGUAUCAUACUUGUACUUGCUGAGGAUGGGUUGUCUGUGUACAUGAGGCAAUUACUCCAUAUGAGGAAACUACAGUUGUAUCUAAAAAGCCCAUGUGCAAGGUUUGUGGACAAACAAACAAUGGCAGAUCAACAUCAAGGAAAUGAAUUUUUCUGGGAGAUAAAGUCUGAAAUGCAUAAUAAAACUGUGAGCCAGCGAUUUGGUUUGCUGCUGGAAUCAUACUGCAGAGCAUGUGGAAUGUACCUCAAGCAUCUUGGCCGACAGGUAGAGGCCAUGGAUAAACUUACUAACCUUACAGACAUUCUGAAGUUGGAGAAAAAAGAUGAAACACAAAAGGUACAGAUGAAAUUUCUAGUUGAACAAAUGAAGCGACCAGAUUUUAUGGAUGCUUUACAGGGAUUUACCUCUCCUUUGAAUCCUGCACAUCAGCUAGGAAAUUUGAGGCUUGAAGAAUGUCGAAUUAUGUCUUCAGCAAAAAGGCCUUUGUGGUUAAACUGGGAAAAUCCUGAUAUAAUGUCCGAACAGCUUUUCCAAAAUAAUGAAAUCAUUUUUAAAAACGGUGAUGAUUUACGGCAAGACAUGCUGACACUUCAGAUUAUUAGAAUUAUGGAGAACAUUUGGCAAAACCAGGGUCUCGAUCUUAGAAUGCUGCCUUAUGGCUGCCUGUCAAUCGGUGAUUGUGUUGGACUCAUUGAAGUGGUGAGAAAUUCACAUACAAUAAUGCAGAUUCAGUGCAAAGGCGGUUUGAAGGGGGCUCUGCAAUUUAACAGCAGCACACUACAUCAGUGGCUAAAAGAUAAGAACAAAGGAGAAGCGUAUGAUGCAGCUAUCGAUUUGUUUACACGCUCAUGUGCAGGUUAUUGUGUUGCCACUUUCAUUUUGGGUAUUGGUGAUCGUCAUAAUAGUAAUAUCAUGGUGAAAGAAGAUGGGCAGCUAUUCCACAUUGAUUUUGGUCAUUUUCUGGACCACAAGAAGAAGAAAUUUGGAUACAAACGAGAGCGAGUGCCGUUUGUCUUGACACAGGACUUUUUAAUUGUUAUUACUAAAGGGGCACAAGAGUGUACCAAAACAAAAGAGUUUGAGAGGUUUCAAGAGAUAUGUUAUAAAGCAUAUUUAGCAAUCCGGCAGCAUGCCAAUCUCUUCAUUAACUUAUUUUCCAUGAUGCUUUGCUCAGGAAUGCCAGAGCUGCAGUCCUUUGACGAUAUUGCUUAUAUUCGAAAGACCCUUGCAUUAGAUAAGUCUGAGCAAGACGCAGUUGAUUAUUUCAGAAAACAGAUGAAUGAUGCCCACCAUGGUGGUUGGACAACAAAAAUGGAUUGGAUAUUCCAUACUAUACGGCAGCAUACCCUGAACUGAAGUAAUCAGCCAAGAUUUAAUCAUACUUGUGGAGUACCGACUGUUUGGAUGAUGAAUUGCACUAUUAAACCAAGCAGUACAUUGAUGCUGGAAAAUCAGCACUUUUAUUGACCCUACAACAGGAAUGUCACACUACAAGACAGUUAGACUUCAUCCAUUAAACCGAGGCACAGAGUUUCCUAAGAAAAUGUUUUCUAAAACUCUGCUAACCUUUAGAGUGUUACACGGGAUUGUAUGCUGUGUCAUGCCUUUAUCCCAAAAGAUGUACUUAGAGGAGUGCAAACUUAUUGUAAAUAUUUUUUAAGACAGCAGAUUGUAAUUUAGAAAUCUCCUUGACAUUUUUGGGAGGGGGGUUCAGAGUGCAAUAUAUAUAUGCAGUUGAUAAUCUAUUAGCAGUUCAUAAUUUGUACUUUGUUUACAACUUGCACCACAAAACCAGGGAAGACUCAUAAAUGAGGUCUGAGCAGGUCAGAAAGGAGCACAGGUCAGAAGAGAUUAAUCAAGGUUGUUUUGUCCUAAAGUAAAACAUCAGAAAAGAACUGCAGGUACUGUAGGAUAUCUUGAAAAUUAAUUGACAUACAUGAUCUUUGCAUGUGUAUUUUUGUAGGACUGUGGUUAAGAGAGCUUAUGGAUAUGGUGCCUGUGUUAUUAUUUGUAAUUAUUUAUAUCAGACUUCAAACUUCUGAAUGAUUUUAAAAGAAGUAGUCAAUCAGAUGGUUUCCUUUUGUUGGCCAGUGAUAAAAUCAUGCAAUUCCAUUUCAGCAUUUAAAUUUUAAAUUUAGAUAAAUGUCUUCUGAAGGAUAUAGUAUUGCUGCAAUACAGAGCUGUCCGCAAAAGAAUGCCUUUCUCAUGUUCACCCUGGCAGAUUUCAGUAAAGCCAACUGCUCAGAA